GCCCUGCCGGCCGCGCCCGGAGGCCCAGCCCUGGGGGUGGGAAGCCGCGCUGAGGAGCUGGAAACUUUCCCGACUGGAGCUGACUACUGGGGAAGAACGACUCAGAAGAAAAGGCUGAAAAUUGUGCGCUAAUCUCUCCUACCUCCUUUUUGGUGAAUGAGGGGACUUUUCCAAAAAUAGUUUUCUGUGGUCAGCUUGCCCGGAGGAAGUUUCCUGGUGCCCUCUAAGUGGGACAGCUGCUCUCUGUUGCAAGCAAGUGGAAGCUGGGGUGAGGCGAGAAGCAAAAAAGCAUUGAAAAUGUUAAAGGCUGUUCUGAAGAAGAGCCGAGAGGGAGGAAAGGGAAGCAAGAAGGAAACAGGAAGUGACUUUGAUUCAGAGUCUUCUCCAGUCCUUCCCCCUGGCCAUGGUGUGGACUUUCCCGUUAGCAGCCUUCCUGUAGCAGAGGACACCUAUAGGGUGAGCUUGACCAAAGGUGUCUCUAUGUCUCUGCCUUCGUCACCCCUGCUGCCUCGACAGUCUCACUUGGUACAGCCAAGAUCGAACAAGAAAUCUCCAGGUCCUGUCAGAAAGCCUAAGUAUGUGGAAAGCCCCAGAGUGCCCGGAGAUGCAGUUAUAAUCCCGUUCAGAGAAGUGUCCAAGCCAGCAGAGCCCAGUGAGAAUGAAGCAAAGGCCGAUAAUGAGCCGAGCUGUUCACCGGCAGCUCAAGAACUGUUGACAAGGCUGGGAUUUUUACUGGGAGAAGGGAUCCCGAGUGCCACACACAUAACCAUUGAAGAAAAAAAUGAAACCAUGUGCACAGCUCCUAGCCAAGGGAUCAGUCCUUGCUCCACACUAACAAGCAGCACAGCGUCUCCUAGCACCGAUAGCCCCUGCUCAACCUUGAAUAGCUGUGUCAGCAAGACGGCAGCCACCAAAAGUCCCUGUGAGACCAUUAGCAGCCCUAGUUCCACCCUGGAAAGCAAGGACAGUGGAAUUAUAGCCACAAUUACAAGUUCAUCCGAAAAUGAUGACCGAAGUGGCUCCAGUUUGGAGUGGAGUAAAGACGGAAGCCUAAGAUUGGGGGUUCAGAAGGGAGUGCUUCAUGAUCGCAGGGCAGAUAAUUGCUCCCCGGUGGCAGAAGAGGAGACCACUGGGUCAGCAGAGAGCUUGCUGCCCAAAGCUGAAUCCUCAGUUGGAGAUGGUCCGGUCCCUUAUUCUCAGAGCUCCAGCUCGCUAAUAAUGCCACGGCCCAACUCAGUUGCAGCGACGAGCUCAACCAAACUGGAAGAUCUGAGUUACUUAGAUGGACAACGAAACGCUCCACUUCGAACGUCUAUUAGAUUACCGUGGCACAAUACAGCAGGAGCACGAUUUGCUCCUUACAAGCCACAAGAGAUUUUGUUGAAACCCUUGUUGUUUGAAGUACCGAGUAUAACAACAGACUCUGUGUUUGUGGGAAGGGAUUGGCUCUUUCACCAGAUAGAAGAAAAUUUGAGGAACACAGAACUGGCAGAAAAUAGAGGAGCAGUUGUUGUUGGAAAUGUGGGAUUUGGGAAGACGGCAAUCAUUUCUAAGUUGGUGGCACUUAGCUGCCACGGAGGCCGCAUGAGGCAGAUUGCGUCCAACAGCCCCAGUUCAUCACCUAAAACUUCAGAUCCCUCCCAGGAUCUUCCUUUCACUCCGUUGCUUUCACCGGGCUCUUCCACAAGUGGUACCCACAUGGCUAAAAUGCACCCUGGGUCUGGGUCUGGGACUCCUGAAAACCAGAGACCAAGGGAGGAUGCAGUGAAAUACCUUGCUUCUAAGGUCGUGGCCUACCACUACUGCCAGGCUGACAACACAUACACGUGCCUGGUGCCCGAGUUUGUGCAUAGCAUCGCAGCUUUGCUCUGCCGGUCCCAUCAGCUGGCUGCUUACAGAGACCUUCUGAUCAAGGAGCCCCAGCUCCAGAGUAUGCUGAGCCUGCGAUCCUGUGUGCAGGACCCCGUGGCAGCUUUCAAGAGAGGCGUGCUGGAGCCACUCACAAACCUGAGACAUGAGCAGAAAAUUCCUGAAGAAGAAUAUAUUAUUUUGAUUGAUGGCUUAAAUGAAGCUGAGUUUCAUAAACCUGAUUAUGGAGAUACGCUUUCUUCAUUUAUUACCAAAAUUAUUUCUAAAUUUCCUGUCUGGUUGAAGUUGAUUGUGACUGUAAGAGCAAAUUUCCAGGAAAUCAUAAGUGCACUGCCAUUCAUCAAGCUUUCCUUAGAUGACUUCCCGGACAACAAAGACAUUCACAGUGACCUGCAUGCCUAUGUCCAGCACAGGGUCCACAGCAGCCAGGACAUCCUCAGCAACAUCUCCCUGAACGGCAAGGCUGAUGCCGCCCUCAUCGGCAAAGUGAGCAGCCACCUGGUGCUGCGGAGCCUCGGCUCCUACCUGUACCUGAAGCUCACCUUGGACCUCUUCCAGAGGGGACACUUGGUCAUUAAAAGUGCCAGCUACAAGGUCGUGCCCGUGUCUCUGUCUGAACUGUACUUGCUGCAGUGCAACAUGAAGUUCAUGACGCAGUCCUCCUUCGAGAGAGCACUUCCGAUUUUAAAUGUGGCCCUCGCCUCUCUCCACCCCAUGACGGAUGAACAGAUUUUCCAAGCCAUUAACGCUGGCCACAUUCAAGGAGAGCAGGGGUGGGAAGAUUUUCAGCAGAGGAUGGAUGCCCUCUCCUGCUUCCUCAUUAAGCGACGAGAUAGAACCCGCAUGUUUUGCCACCCGUCCUUCAGGGAGUGGCUGGUGUGGCGAGCGGAUGGUGAAAACACAGCCUUCCUGUGUGAGCCCAGGAAUGGGCAUGCUCUGCUGGCAUUCAUGUUCUCUCGACAGGAGGGCAAGCUAAACCGCCAGCAGACCAUGGAGCUUGGCCACCACAUCCUCAAGGCACACAUUUUCAAGGGCCUCAGUAAGAAGACAGGAAUCUCUUCAAGCCAUCUCCAAGCCCUGUGGAUUGGGUACAGCACUGAGGGGCUGUCUGCCGCCCUUGCCUCUCUCAGGAACCUCUACACUCCCAACGUGAAGGUGAGCCGUCUCCUGAUCUUGGGAGGAGCCAAUGUGAACUACAGGACGGAAGUGUUAAACAACGCCCCCAUCCUGUGUGUUCAGUCUCACCUUGGUCAUGAGGAAGUCGUCACUCUGCUCCUGGAAUUUGGCGCCUGCCUGGAUGGAAUGUCGGAGAAUGGCAUGACUGCCCUCUGUUAUGCGGCAGCUGCUGGCCACAUGAAGCUGGUGUGUCUGCUGGCCAAGAAGGGGGCGAGGGUGGACCACUUGGAUAAGAAAGGCCAGUGUGCGCUUGUGCACAGCGCAUUGAGGGGCCACAGCGACAUUCUCCGUUACCUGCUGACCUGCGAGUGGUCGGAGGGGCCCCAGCAGCCAGGCACACUGAGAAAGAGCCAAGCCCUGCAGCAGGCGCUGACGGCAGCUGCCAGCAUGGGCCACAGCUCGGUGGUCCAGUGCUUGCUGGGAAUGGAAAAGGAACAUGAAAUAGAAGUCAAUGGCACCGACACAUUGUGGGGAGAAACAGCUCUCACUGCUGCUGCAGGAAGAGGGAAGCUGGAGGUCUGUGAGCUGCUGCUGGAGCACGGAGCUGUCGUGUCUCGGACUAACAGGCGAGGGGUCCCACCUUUGUUUUGUGCAGCACGGCAGGGGCAUUGGCAGAUUGUGAGAUUGCUCCUGGAGUGCGGCUGUGACGUGAACCUGAGUGACAAGCAGGGACGGACGCCCCUCAUGGUGGCUGCGUGUGAAGGGCACUUGAGCACCGUGGAAUUUCUCCUUUCAAAAGGUGCUGCCCUUUCUUCUCUGGACAAAGAGGGUCUGUCCGCAUUAAGCUGGGCUUGUCUGAAAGGUCAUAGGACAGUGGUCCAGUAUCUAGUCGAAGAAGGAGCCUCAAUUGACCAGACAGACAAGAACGGCCGCACUCCCUUGGACCUCGCAGCCUUCUAUGGGGAUGCAGAGACAGUGCUGUACCUGGUGGAGAAGGGUGCCGUGAUUGAGCACGUGGACCACAGCGGCAUGCGGCCCCUGGACAGAGCCAUUGGUUGUCGAAACACGUCCGUAGUGGUGACACUACUGAGAAAAGGAGCCAAAUUAGGAAAUGCUGCUUGGGCGAUGGCCACUUCCAAACCUGAUAUUUUGAUUAUACUUCUACAGAAAUUAAUGGAGGAAGGAAAUGUGAUGUACAAAAAAGGGAAGAUGAAAGAAGCAGCCCAGAGGUACCAGUAUGCCUUAAGGAAGUUUCCUCGAGAAGGAUUCGGAGAGGACAUGAGACCAUUCAAUGAAUUAAGAGUCUCCCUGUAUCUCAAUUUGUCUCGCUGCCGAAGAAAAACAAAUGACUUUGGCAUGGCAGAAGAAUUCGCGUCCAAGGCUCUUGAAUUGAAACCCAAGUCCUAUGAAGCCUAUUAUGCCAGGGCAAGAGCCAAAAGAAAUAGCAGGCAAUUUGUGGCAGCUCUGGCUGAUUUGCGGGAAGCUGUGAAACUGUGUCCCACCAAUCAGGAAAUCAGGAGGCUUCUGGCCCGUGUAGAAGAGGAGUGCAAGCAGCUCCAGAGGAGCCAGCAGCUAAAACAGCAGUGCCCCCCACCAGCCCCACCCAAUGAUUCAGAUAAUGAAGAGGAUGCCUCUGCCCCAGGAUUAAACGACCACUUUCAUCUUGAAGAGGCCAAAGAGGAAGAAACUUCUCCACAGGAAGAAUCCACUUCCCUGACUCCAAGGCCCCAGCCAUCCUCAUCUGUCCCCUCCCCAUAUAUCCGAACCCUUCAAGAAGGCCUACAGUCCAAAGUAAGGCCCACAUCACCACAGAAUAGGCCAGCAAUCAGCAAGCCCCUGAGGGAGCCUGUCGCUCAGCCAGGGUUGAUUAUGCAACCCACCAAACAAGCACAGAUAGUGAAAACCAACCAGCAUCUGGGUUCUGGACAGUCUGGCAUAAGAAAUGGGAGCACAAAAAUUCAGGUCCCUUCUCAGAAUCCUCCCCCAAGUCCCAUGCCGGGUAGAAUCCCUGCAACUCCUGCUGGUAACAAAACCCAGCAUUUAGAGGGAACAAGUACUUUCACUGUGGGAGCCAGCUCUGGCCCUUUUGGGGAUAGGCUAGGCCCUGGCCACAAUGUCCAGCUGCAGCGCAACGAGAGUGGUACCGCGUACCCUUUGCCAAGCAAGAUAAAAACUGCAGAGAGGCUUCUGUCUCAUGCCUCUGUGGCCGUGGAUGUAGCCCCUCCAAACCAAGGCGGGCCAGCGAGCUGCAGUGACAUGCGACACCCAGCUUCCCUCGCCAGUUCAGGCUCUUCUGGUUCUCCAUCUAGCAGCAUAAAGAUGUCAAGUUCAACCAGUAGUCUGACUUCAAGCAGCAGCUUUUCAGAUGGGUUCAAGGUGCAAGGACCAGAUACUCGAAUUAAAGACAAGGUUGUUAGCCAGGUUCAGAGCGGUACAGGUGAGCACAGACCACGGAAUACUCCGUUCAUGGGCAUCAUGGAUAAGACUGCAAGGUUCCAGCAGCAGAGCAAUCCUCCAAACCGCACCUGGCACUGUCAAGUGGCAGAGGGGCUACUGACAAACACAUCUUCUGCAGCUGGCCUGCAGUCCACAAACUCUGAGAAGCUCUCUCGCAAACAAGUAGGGGGGUAUAAUAAAGCCAAAAUCUGUUCUGCUUCUACCGUUGGUGGAAGUGUCCACAAUGGGGCACAGGUGAAGGAACUAGAAGAAAAGAAGUGCCAAAUUCCAGUCCACUGUCAAGAUAGCAGGGUAACUAAGACUGUUUCUCAUCUGUAUCAAGAAAGUAUCUCUAAACAGCAGCCUCCUAUCAGCAGUGAAGCCCACAGGAGUCACCUCACUUCAGCAAAACCAAAGAGAUCAUUCAUAGAGUCAAAUGUGUAAGCCUUAAGAGGGAUUCAUUUACAAAAUUUGGAAAACUGUGUGUUGGCUUCUGGUGGUAAAUAAUAAUUAAAUGGUUUUUUAUCAGGAAAAUUUAAUUUUUAGCCAUUUUUUUUUCCCUUUGGGGUGGAUCUGAUACCACUGAUAUACUGAAAAUAUGGGAUAAAAUGUCUUUAAUAGCCACAAGUCACCAUAGAUAAGAAUGCUAACCAGAAUCAAAAAGAUUAGUAUCAACUACAAUUAUCUAUGCCUAUCAAGUUAAAAACUAAAGAUAGCCAAGAAGACAUUAACUCAUGCUUUUCUCUUAUGAAACUAUUUGGUUUUUAUCACUCUCCUCUUAGCUUCACUAUGUGGUAAAAUAAUAUUUACUUACAGAAUAUAAAUAUCUAUUGCUAAGGAAUGAUAGGUUUAGCUCAUAACUUACAGAUGAUGUCUUCUGGAAAGCGUGGAAUUUUUAGGUUACAGUUCCAUUGAGUUAAAAAUCCCAAUAUAUAUUUGAAUUAAGACCGGAUUUCCAGCUGAAUAUAAGUGACUAUAAAAGUAAUAUAGCUUGUAUUUUUCUUUUUAAAGCAAAAUAUGAGAAUACCCAAAUAUUUUUCCUUACAUAGCAGUUCUCUUGAGGAUUAAACACUAAUUUCAGUGUUGUGGUUGUUAUUCAAAAUAUUUUUAUAGCACCUUUUUGGAAAUAUAUUCAUCCCUUAAGGUGUUUUUGAUAUUUGGAAACAGUGUAAGACAUUUGGAAUCAAGACUGGAUUUGGUGGUCAAGUUGGAUUUGGACAAAAUACUAAGUCCAGCAAUUCUUAGUGGCACUUGUAAGUUAGCUCUCAACUGGUUCCAAAACUACUUUUCACAAUGAUAACACUCCUGGAACAAGCCUUGCAACGUCUUUUAAGGGUGAUAUUUAAUUUGGAUACUUGAGGUAUGCUUGGUUGUUACUUUUGUUGUACCAUCUCAUUACUUUAUAGUCACAUGUUGUACAUAUUAAAUAACCAAGUUUUAUUCUGACUUGUAAAUAUAACUGUUUCAAAGUAGUUAAUCUAAAAAAAAAAAAAAAAUCCAGUCUUAUAUUUGCAUGUUGUUUGUAAGCUUCAUCCAUCCAUGCUGGUUAUUGCACUGAAAAUAUAUUAUUACAGCAUGUUAACAGUAUACCAGUAACGGCACUUUAUUGCAUUUAUAUGAACACCUUUGAGGUGCUACUUAAGUCCCAGCUCUGAUGUAUUAUUCAUUUGUAAAGAUAAGGUACAGGAAUGAACCUUGGCUUAAAGGUAUUUUUAUAUGAAAAUGGUGUGUUAUUGGAGAAUGUUAAGAUGCUAGUUUGAGAGAUGAGAGUGUACUUGUUUUAUACGUUGAGAUGUGAGAUUUAUUUUCUAGAGUUGGGGAGAAGGAAGUUCUAUAUUUACAGAAUGUUUUGAAAAUGAAUAGUUGUAACGAAGUUCCUGGGAGUAUCAUUAGUGUUUUGUACAAGUAGGAAUCUUCUGGUGUCAUUCUUCAACAUUUGUUCCUGAGUGUGUACAGUGUACUUUGUACAAACAGCUUUAUCAUUUUCUAUAAGCUUUCCAUGAGUUCUGCAUAUAACUACUAUGGCUUAUUUAUUUAGUAUUCGUGAAAGUCUUCUUUUGUUAUGUAGUUUUUCUGCACAACUACUGUACUUUUCCAUAUGGAAUAAAGACUGUUAAUAGAA